AUGGCAGAUAAGAUCACCAUUUUGUAUGGUUCAGAGACAGGAAAUGCCGAAGAAUAUGCUAAGUACUUGAAGCUACGGUUGAAAAACUAUGGCCUAAAGCCCACUUUGUCAUCAUUAGAUUCUUUUCCUUUGAAAAAUUUAGUAACCGAAACUGAGUAUCUAAUCAUCGUAUGCUCAACUACAGGGCAGGGGGAGUUACCUCGUAACUCGAAAUCCUUCAUGAAGUUUAUUUGUAAAAAGAAGCUCCCUGGAGAUCUUUUCCAACACUUGCGUUUGACAACUCUAGGGUUGGGUGAUUCUUCAUACACAAAGUACAACUAUGCUAUCAAGAAAAUACACGCAAGGAUGAUGCAACUAGGGUGUCAGGAACUAUCACCUAGAUGUGAAGCUGACGAAAUGUCACCGGAAGGAAUAGACGGGUUUUAUUUGGAGUGGGAAACGCAACUUAUUGCUGCAUUGUCAAAAUAUUUCCGCAUGUCGACUGAGCCGGAUAUCAACACUGUGCCCAUGCCCGAAUAUAAGGUGUCCCUCAAGUAUGCAGCAGAAUCUUUGGCAGAGAACUCGCUAUUAACCAAAAUUUACAACAAUUUACAGGUUGGAACUGUGAUUUCAAACGAGCGAAUCACCACUGCCGAUCAUUUCCAAGAUGUUCGGCAUAUAAAAAUAUCUUCCGAGAACUUGAGAUAUAAUCCUGGAGACACCGUAUCACUAUAUCCAUGCAACUUUGACCUGGAUGUUAAUGCUUUGCUCGAACUGCAACCACAGUGGUUAGAAGUUGCCGACAAGCCUUUGAAAAUAAGGAAUUUGGUUGAUGGGGAACAGUUUAUAACGUUGCGAAAUUUGAUCAAGUACCACUUGGAUAUUAUCUCCAUUCCACGACGCAGCUUUUUUGCCAUAUUGUGGCAUUUUUGUGAUUCCAGCACUGAAGAUGGUCAAAGAGAGCAAGAAAAGUUGAAAGAAUUUGGAUCCUUCGCUGACCCAGAAGAACUUUACAACUAUGCAAACCGGCCACGGAGGCUGAUAUUGGAAACAUUGUCUGAAUUCAAGAAUAAUUUAAACAUUCCCGUAUCCUAUAUACUCGACUUGAUCCCAUUGAUAAAGCCUAGGAUGUUUCUGAUCGCAUCGCGUUCGAGUGAGACAGAGAUAGAGGUUGUUAUUGCUAUUGUGGAGUAUAGAACGAUCAUCAGACGUAUCCGUCGAGGACUUUGUACCAGAUGGCUCAAGUCAUUGGAGCCGGAUGACGAAGUGCAUUUGAGUAUUGACAGAUCAUCGUUUAAAAUGUCUCAGAGUCCUAUUAUAAUGGUGGCACCAGGAACGGGUAUAGCUCCGAUGAAAUCUUUGGUUGACCAAAUAUUGCAUCAAAACUCAUUACAAGAGAUGUUUCUCUUUUUUGGAUGUCGUCAUGAGGAAAAAGAUCAUCUAAUAAAGCUGUUUUGGGAAAAGUCGAGUAAUUUGCAUAUAUAUAGCUGUUUUUCUCGAGAUGAUGGUUCCCAGUAUAAAUAUGUCCAGGACGCUAUCAUUGCCGAAUACAACUUGAUUGGUGACUUGUUGUUGAACCAAGAGGCAAAGGUGUUUGUAUGCGGUUCGAGUGGUAAAAUGCCAAGAGAAGUAAGAAUAACAUUCGUGGAGGUGGUGAGGAGGUACGGAAGUUUAUCGGAAGAAGAUGCAAAGCGUUACGUUCUUGAGCUUGAGGAUAGUGGUAGAUAUAAGGAGGAUGCAUGGUCUACAUUCAUUCGUUACUCCAGCAACACGACAAAGCCAAUUGUGGUUGGAGGUAAGUCAUACCAUGCAGAUGAAUGGACAAACGUCCCCCCUUUCAUUCUCAACCUCAUAGACCGUAAGUUGCAUAAAAACGUCAACCAUCCAAUUGGGAUACUACAUGACUUGAUUGGGCAAAACAUGAAAGGUAUGGGAUUCACUGUGUACGACAAUUUCCACCCCAUUGUUUCCAAAUAUCAGAACUUUGACAGUUUGGGAUUCCCCGAGGAUCACGUUGGGAGAUCAAAGUCAGACACAUACUACUUCAACAAAGAUUACUUAUUGAGGACUCACACUUCGGCUCAUGAACAAGAGUGUUUUAUUAAUACCAAAACACCAGGUUACUUAAUUACUGCAGAUGUCUAUAGACGAGACGAAAUCGACAGAACUCAUUAUCCGGCAUUUCACCAGUUAGAAGGGGCAAGAGUAUACAAUAAGGGAGCCUUGGAUGAAAUUCAGCGCGAUAUUGAUUCGAUUCCUGAAACCAACAUCAUUGUAGAAGAUCCAUUCAGAGAAAACCCUGUGACAGCCAACAACCCGGCACAGGAAUACAUGACUACGGAAGAAAUAAGACUCAUAUCUACACACUUGAAAAAGACUGUUGAAUAUUUAGUAAACCAAGUGUUUGAGCGGGCUAGAGAGUCUGCUAAAAAGGCUGGUUCCACUGAACCUUACUUAAAUGAGCCUUUGAAAGUGCGAUGGGUUGAAGCGUAUUUUCCAUGGACUUCACCUUCAUGGGAGAUUGAAGUAUGGUGGAAGGGCGAAUGGUUAGAAUGUUGCGGGUGUGGUGUUGUCCAACAACAGGUGUUGCUUAACUCAAAUUUAGGAGAUCAAAAGAUUAGUUGGGCUUUUGGAAUUGGGUUGGAUAGAAUCGCAAUGCUAUUGUUUGAUAUCCCAGACAUUAGACUCUUUUGGACUCUUGAUGAGAGGUUCCACAAGCAGUUUCAGCAAGGACAAAUCAGUACGUUUGUCCCUUACUCAAAAUACCCCGGUGUCAAGAGGGAUGUCUCAUUCUGGCUCAAUGACGACUAUAAGUUGCACGAGAACGAUGUGAUGGAAAUCGUAAGAAACCGUGCCGGUGACUUGGCUGAGAGUGUCGUCAACGUGGAUGAAUUUACCCACCCCAAAACAGGAAAAAGAUCACAAUGUUAUAGAAUAAACUAUCAAUCUAUGGAUCGAAAUUUAACAAACAGUGAAAUCAAUUCUAUUCAUGACAAGGUGGAGAAAGAUUUAGUCGAUCGCUUCAAGGUUGAAAUCAGAUGA